AUGGAAGAUGGGCCCACCAGGACGGAUAAACCAGAAAAAAUUGCAAGGACAAUGACCAAUGAUACAAAGCUUCUUAGGAAAUGUGGGUGCGGAUGGGAAAAGGUGACAACGCUCAGGGGGCUGCACAUCCACAUGGGGAAGAUGAAGUGUGAAGGCAGAAGCCAGAGGCAACCUUGCACUGCUCAAGCAGGUCAGACAAGUGGAAUCCAAGGCCAGGUAAAAAACCACAGUGCUAUCAGGCCCAACGUUGCAGAGGCAGAAGAGUAUGAGACAAGGGAUGUGGAUGACCCCCAGGUGACUCAUGUAGCACCCACCAGCAACCCAAGAGCUGAGUCAAGCCAAAAGGCAAGAAGCUUGAAUGAACCAAGGCGUAGGAUGAAGAUCAAGUGGCCAAAGACCAACGAGACAAUGGAGUGGAGGAGGCUGGAUGAGUCCCUCAGUCAGCUGCUGCAGAAGACCUUGCAUGGUACAGUGGAGGCCAAGCUUAACCUGAUUGGAGACAUACUUUACAAGGAGUGCAGCGGCAGAUAUGGUGAGGUGAUGGGCAGGAAAGCAGGCAAAAGAAGGAAGGGAAGAAGAGAAAAGGAGAUUGAAGACCUGGUAGCAGACGGAAGGCAGCUUCAUAGGCAUUGGAGGAAAGCAGACGCAGCAGAAAGAGAGGGCCUGAAAGUCCUGUGGGAUGACAUCAGAAGAAGGCUGACCAACCUGAGGAGGGCAGAGUGCAUCAGGCGGUGAAGGAAGAGGAAGGAAAAGGAGAGGGAAAACUUUUUAAAAACCCCUUCCAAUUCGCACAAGGGCUCCUUGAGGAGAAGACCAGCGGUUCGCUUGAGAUCUCCAAGGAAGAGCUGGAGGAUCACAUCCAUGGUCAGGAUAGUGAUCCGGUGAGGAACGAGCCUCUGGGCCCACCAGGAUGUGUGCCAAAGCCAGAAGAACCAUCAGUGCUUUUCAAUGUGUCACCACCUAAGCUCUCUGAGAUCAGGUGGGGGAGUGUGGCGGGCAAGAUCAGCAUCUGCUCCAGGGCCUAUUGGGAUACCAAACAAGCUGUAUAAAAACUGCCCAAGAGUGUUGCAGCUUCUAUGGAUCCUGUUGAGAACAGCUUGGACCAAGCAGAUCAUCCCCUCACAGUGGCAGAGGGCAGUGGCGGUGUUCAUCCCAAAAGAACAGAACUCCCGGACCAUCGAGCAGUUCAGAAGUAUAGCCUUGCGGAGUGUUGAGGGGAAGAUCUUCUCUGUGAUGGCAAGGAGAAUGACUUGUUUUAUACAAUUUAGUUUGUAUCGCUUGAACCAUUUUCAAAGCUAAAUGAAUACUGACAGAGGGAUAGUAACGCUAUAACCCGACUUAAUCCAACUUUAAAAAAUCCAACUUUUAACAGACCUUACUGAUUGUAGGAUUCACAAUAUUUCUGUUCAAACCUGGCUACAAAGGCAAACCAUAA